UCAUACCUUCAUAGUCAUCACAGAAUCUAUAUGAGAGAGAACCUUUAUAAAUGUGAUGAAUGUGGAAAAUCCUUUAGGAAAAUUUCUUCCCUUCAUGUUCACCACAGAAUCCAUAUAGGAAAGAAACCUUAUGAAUGUGGUAAAUGUGGAAAACUCUUUAGUAGGUGCUCAUCUCUUCAUGUUCAUCAGAGAAUCCAUACUGGAAAGAAACCUUAUAAAUGUGAUGACUGUGGAAAGUACUUUAGGAAUGGAUCAUCUCUUCAUGUUCAUCAGAGAAUCCAUACUGGAGAGAAACCUUAUAAAUGUGAUGACUGUGGAAAAUCAUUUGUUCAGUCCUCCAAUCUUCAACAUCACAGGAGAAUCCAUACUGGAGAGAGACCUUAUAAAUGUGACGACUGUGGAAAGUACUUUAGGGAUAGAUCAUCUCUUUAUGUUCAUCAGAGAAUCCAUACUGGAGAAAAACCUUAUAAAUGUGAUGAGUGUGGAAAGUCCUUUGUUAAGUCCUCCCAUCUUCAAUGUCAUAGGAGAAUCCAUACUGGAGAGAAACCUUAUAAAUGUGAUGAAUGUGGAAAGUCCUUUGUUAAGUCCUCCCAUCUUCAAUGUCAUAGGAGAAUCCAUACUGGAGAGAGACCUUAUAAAUGUGAUGAAUGUGGAAAGUACUUUAAGGAUUGAUCAUCUCUUCAUGUUCAUCGGAGACUCCAUAGUGGAGAGAAACCUUAUAAAUGUGAUGAAUGUGGAAAGUCCUUUGUUAAGUCCUCCCAUCUUCAAUGUCAUAGGAGAACCCAUACUGGAGAGAAACUUUAUAAAUGCGAUGACUGUGGAAAGUCCUUUGUUAAAUCCUCCCAUCUUCAAUGUCAUAGGAGAACCCAUACUGGAGAGAAACCUUAUAAAUGUGAGGACUGUGGAAAGUCCUUUGUCCAGUCCUCCAGUCUUCAAUGUCAUAGGAGAAUCCAUACUGUAGAGAAACCUUAUCAAUGUGAUGACUGUGGAAAGUCCUUUGUCUGGUCUUCCUAUCUUCAAUGUCAUAGGAGAAUCCAUACUGGAGAGAAACCUUAUCAAUGUGAUGACUGUGGAAAGUACUUCAGGGAUGGAGCAUCUCUUCAUAUUCAUCGGAGAAUCCAUACUGG